CCAGCGCGAACGCACCAUCAGCAUUCUGUUCUCGAUCGUUGCCGGCGACAGUUUUUGUGGCGAUCGCGGCUGUUUGCGUAGAUCGCGCGCGACUUUAUCGAGUAGUCGAGCUGUAGUCGAAGAUUGCGGUGGGCCUGUGAGGAUAAAUAAACAAUUUUCGAACAAUUCCUAUUCUCGUGUGCCGGAAGUGUAUAUGUGUGUGAUCGUUCUUAAUGUGUGCGGUUUUUUGGUUGAGUGAACUUUAUCGAAUAUUACUUGAGCGAGGUUUGAAGGGAAGCGUGUGGAAAUCAGUUGCCCAAAAAUAAGCCCAAAGGCUAGAAGUGAUAUUUCAAAGUGACACAAAUUGACCUUGAGUGAUAUUUAAAGUGCUACAGUUUUUCAAACAUAUUUUCUUGAUAAUUAAGUUAGAAAAAGACGAUUGUGUCGUGUACGGAGCAGAAUCGGUUGCAUUGCUGAGCGUUGACGUUUUUUUUUUUUUUGGCAAGCAGAAAAGUGCCAUUCAUUAUGCAUGUUCUACCGAUGUCCCUGUCGCUGCUUCUAAUACUGGCCGCCGGUGGCGCUACGAUCGCUCAGGAGGAAGUAUCCUUCCUAGACGAUCCUCCAUUUCUGACGCUUUACCGGAAGCUGCACAACCUAUUUUUCGACACCGUCGGUCCGAGUAGUAAAGAUCCGGUGCGACUUAAUCAGGCUCGCUCGCAAGGGAAAGUGCAGUCUCCUAUACCACAUGAUCAAGCCUUUCCCUGUCCAACGGAAGGUAUGCGAAGCGCGACAGUUCCUACCUCCGUUCAUGAACUGCGCCCGGGCGAUAUCGACGUGAUCGCGGCUCUCGGUGAUUCGCUAACAGCCGGCACGGGAAUACUCGCCACCGGAAUUGUUGAACUGAUCAUAGAGAAUCGUGGUCUGUCCUGGUGUAUCGGAGGACAGGGUACCUGGCGUCAGUAUCUAACACUACCGAACAUAUUGAAGGUAUUCAAUCCGAACCUGAACGGUUAUGUCGUUGCCGACAGUCUCUCGAUCGACAGAGAGUCAAGGUUUGAUGUGGCUGAAAUUGGUGCCAUGAGUCAGGACUUGCCGCAUCAGGCAAGGAAUCUUAUCAAACGUAUGCAAGCCGAUCGUUCGGUUGAUAUGAAACAUCACUGGAAGCUGAUAACCAUCCUCAUCGGGCACAAUGAUUUCUGUAGCCGUGUGUGCUAUCUGCCGACUCCAGAGAAAGCUCUCUAUCAACAUGAGCAAAACUUGCUGCAAACUUUAAGACUGCUGCGCAAGUACCUGCCGCGAGCCAUGAUCAACAUCGUCGCUACUAUUAAUGUUAGCAUAUUGCGCACGUUUAACCCUAAACCUGCAUCCUGCGUUACCACCCAUUCGUUCGAGUGUUCGUGCGUGUUCGGUGCCCAGUUCGCAUCCUUUCAGCCACGCCUGGAUCGUAUCAUGCAGCAGUGGAACCGGAUACAGCAGACCGUUGCCGAGCGGGACGAGUUUAACGUGGGUUCCGACUUCGUCGUUAACUAUCAACCGUUUCCGGAGCAUCUGACACUGCCCACCCUUCAGAACGGGGAUACGGAUGCUGGCGUCGCGUCGGUCGAUUGCUUCCAUUUUAGCCAGCGGGGGCACGCGAUCGCGGCGAACAGCUACUGGAACAAUUUGAUCGAUCUGGUGGGCAACAAGUCGGAGCUGGUGCAGAGGGAGUUUGAGCGUUUCAACUGUCCGAUGAAGGGAAGACCGUUUCUGGCGACGCGUAAGAAUAGUUUACUGCGAAUCUGAAGAAGAAAAAAAACACCCGAACGAUCAUUUCCAAAGUUAGCUAGGAGAGCUAUAAGGGGAUGGUGGGGGGGGGGGGGUCAAAGGGGUAGACGGACGAUUUGUUAGUGGUUUGUUAUGUUGUUUUUAUGUAGGUAGAUAAUAAAAUAGAACAUUAUUAAACUAAUUCCUGAGCGGGGGAAAAAUCUCUGAACCUCAAUCAUGAAGUAUCGCAGGGGUGUAGAACACAGUUUUACACGAUCAGCCAUUACUGUCGCGCCAGGCCUCCAACAGAAAAUAAACUUGAGCAUCAUGAAUGU